AUGGAGGGAGUUCAGACUGUGGACGUGAGCUGGCUUCAUCAUUCACAAAAGGAUCAUUUGUCUCGCACGAAGUCAGUAUCAGCGAGCGAUAAACCUGGUACAGAAGCAGAGCCAACAACCUCUCAACCUAACUCGCACCGGAGAUCUCGUUCAAACAGCAACCCAGAACCGAAGCAAGCUCCCCAGAAAGAUACAGCGCCAGUACAAGCGAAACCACCACCAGCCGAGAAGAACGAGGAGCAAAAGCCUUCUACUCCAUCACCAGUGUCGCGGAAGACAGACCCCAAACCCAUCGGACGACGAAACUCAUGGAUCUCUAGUCUAAGCUCGAAGUUUUCCUCUGGAUCUACCCCACCGUCGCAACCUAGUCUAAAGGCCAGUCCCGCUAGUCCGAAAACAACCUCACCUCUCGAAACGCAUAACCCAUUCGGCGCCGCCUACUCCCCGAGGGACAAGGAAGAGGAGAAGAAAGACGAUUCUAAUCCCUUUACUUCGUCAUCACCCAAGGGGCCCUCGUUUAUUCACAAUGCACUACGCAAGUUCUCGUCCAACUCGGGCGGGUUGCCCAAGUUGAAUCCCAAUGGCUCGAUUUGUCCACGUCGCGUCAUGAACAUCGACCAAAGUCGGCACCGAUGCAAGAUUGCGGACUUGAACCAGGCCAAACUCAACCGAGUAGCGUUCUGUGUGGAUGUUGAAAUCGCAGGAAUCUCCCAUCGGGAUGAUGACGAGGAAGCUCCCCCAACAAAUCAAUUACGACAGCCUUUACCUGAGUCUACUCACUACAAGUCUAAGAAGGCUGAUCUCAAGUCCAAAGAACAAGACGAAGCUGGAGCUUUGAAACAUCCCCAGGCUACUCUCGCUGAGAAGGACAGCUUGCCUCCGGUUCCAGCUCCGGUUCCAGUCCCGGUUCCAGACCCGGCCACCGGCGAUGCAAAGGCCCAGUCUAGUUCUCCCCCGACAAAUGCCACCAGUCCUAGCGGGGAAGGUACUGAUCCAACAAGGAAGCAAGAGAGGAAGAAACGGUCUGAGGCGGAGCGGAAAGAACGGAAGGAGAGAAAGCGAAGACAAGCAGUCGCAAAUGGUUCGGUUCCAUUACAACUCGAUGCAGAGAAUGACGAAGAAUAUUCUCGAGGUCCGGCACCAGCACCAGGUACACCUCCGUCCAAAACGCAAAGCCACCCGACAACCGAUCCAGUGCGUAUCUAUCGCCGUUGUUGCCAGCUACGUGAGACACCUGUUCUCAAAAGAGUUGUUGAUGAGAUCUCCAAGCCAUCAUCAACACUGGCCGAGUCACCCGGCACGGUAGCAGCUUUGGAUCUGAGCAAUUUCCCCAUGACCUCACAGGAUUUGACAACAUUCAGCGACUGGCUCGCGGUCGUUCCAGUCCGUAAACUCAUCCUUGAAAACUGUGCAUUGACAGAUACUUCCGUUCGAGCUAUCCUUUCAGCCCUACUUUCUACCAAGACGAUUGAGCAGAUGCGCUAUCGACGAAGACGAUCACGAAGACCAGGAUCUCCAGACUCCAAUGAUCAUGAACGAUACGGUGUUGUGGAAAAGCUUUCUCUGAAGGACAAUCUGAAGAUAGGACGGGAGGGAUGGCGCCACAUCAGCCUUUUUAUUCAUCUGUCGAAAUCGUUGAAAGCCAUCGAUUUGUCGGGUAUUCCUUUCCCUCAAGGACAGGUUGCGAUCGAUGGUUCUGGGACAACGGACCAACCCCAGUCUCCUAUGGCCGAUGUGAGCAUUAUCUUCGCGAGUGCCCUGGCAGAACGCUUUGCUGGGGAUCAUCUUGAAGAAUUGCUCAUGAGCGAAUGUAAUCCUUCGGUCGAUGCCGUAAAGCAAAUCUGCCAGGCCACCACCAAAAUGGGCCUGCGAAGACUUGGCUUUGCGAACAAUGGGCUGACGAGAGAGGGCCUGGAGUAUGUGGUCGAGUACCUGAAAGCCGGACAGUGUGAGGGACUGGAUCUAGGUGGCAACGCUAUAAAGGAUGAUCUUGAUCUUGUCACGGAGGCGAUCGAACCUGAAACACCGCUUUAUGCGCUGAGUCUCGCGGAUUGCUCCCUCAACCCGUCAGUGAUUUCUCCACUGCUCCAAUCGCUCGCGCAGAUUCAUAACCUCCGGUUCAUCGAUUUCUCUCACAAUCGCGAAUUAUUCUCGUCUCAGCCUAACGCGCUGGGGGCUUUCCGUCGCUUCCUGCCGAAAAUGCCGUCUCUGAAGCGCUUCCACCUCGCCGAUGUCAACUUGUCACCAGAUCAUGUCAUUGGUCUUGCUGAGGUAUUGCCGGAGUGCCCCAGUCUGUGCCAUCUCAAUAUUUUGGAGAAUCAACAGAUCGUGGAUUUGGCUUCUACCACCGACCCCGUUGCCCAGGAAGAAGCAUGUGCUGUGUAUGCGUCAAUGAUGGCAGCUGUCCGUGUUUCACGGACAAUCAUUGCAGUCGACAUCGAUGUUCCCGUUGCAGAGAACAACGAAGUUGUUAAAGCUCUAGGAUCACAGAUUGUGGCUUACUCGCUGCGGAAUCUUGAAGGCGGCGCCAUCGCAGAGGAGCUUUCUGACUCUAAUUGUCCACUUGUGGAUGUCCCUGUACCAGACAUUUUACAGCAUAUUGUCGGACAUUCUGGUAUUUCCGAAGAGCCUUAUGAUGAUGAAGAUGAGGCCGCCCCCGACGAGGAUUAUGUUAUCGGCGGCACAGGUGUUGUCAAAGCAUUGGGUGUUUGUCUCGGGAACCUGGACCAGCAUGGUCUCGAUGUUCUCGGGGAGCAGUCUUUACCAGCCAGUGGUACCACAACUCCCCGCCGCCGCAAGCCUCGAGGUGUUCCUACCAAGCGGCCUCGCGACAUGUCGAAGAAUCUACUGGAAUCCGCGCGCAAUAUCAGAGUCCGGAUUCAGUCGGCUCUUAUUCGCGAAGAUCGUGCUGGCAAUGACGCGAAUUAUCGCCGCCUGCAAUUUUUGGACAUGACCUUGCAUAGGAUGAUCCAACGCUUUGAGGAUGAAUACCCAGAAACUCGUAUCAUUCCUCAACUUCCGCCCGCUAUCCCGGUCCCCGACACCAUCUCCCAACAUUCCGGUGAUGACGAUGGAAGCGGCUCUAUCGGUGCUAGCGGUAAUCUGAACAGUAGUCAUCUUGAGGAGAUUGGCGGCGACGAGGAAGACACCGACCAAUAUGCCGUUCGCCUUUCUCGCACCGGCUCCAUGACUUCCCUCCACUCUCGCGCCAUGACCUCCCAAGAAGGACACAUCCACCGCAUCGGCCAGAACCUCCGCCGCGACUUCCUCAAACCGUCUCUAGUUCCAGGCGACGGCGACGAAGAUUUCGAGUACGAAGACGAUAACUCGCACAUUGUCGCUCUCCGGCAAAAGCUGGAUCUCCUGCACGAGGAGCAGUCUCUGUCUCAAUUCGAUGAUUUUGACGCCGACAUGGCUUAUAACCAUCUCGGGACUACUGUCGAUGAACUCUAUGCUGCUCAGCAGCAAGACGCCGAAGGAUUCGAGCGUUUCAAGCAGUCUCAGAUUGCCGCCCAGAUAAACAGUGGCAUUCGUCCAAGGGAUAAUGUAAAGCCCAGGACAGGCUGCGAUGAACCAGGGAGCAAGUCCUAA